GGGAUCUGUUUUCUUCGAAGGUUUUUGAGGUUGCCUCUAGUUUGCAAUUAUAAAGCACUUCUCCUGCUUCGUAGUGUCUCUUACGAUUAGAUAUAUUCUGUGUUUGUUCCGUGGGAUCUAUUAUCAUCAAUUGUCUUUUCUAAUUCCAGUGAGCGAUGUACAACGGCAUUGGAUUGCAGACCCCAAGGGGGUCAGGUACAAAUGGAUAUAUCCAGACCAACAAAUUUUUCGUGAAGCCAAGGAACGCCAGGGUGGAAACUAAGGGAUUCGAGGGAGAUCAGGGUACCGCAGGUGUGAAGAAGGCUAACAGGGAGAUCCUAGAGCAUGACAGAAAGCGGCAGAUUCAGCUGAAGCUUGUGGUGCUGGAAGACAAACUGAUUGACCAAGGAUACACAGAUGAUGAGAUCCAGGAGAAGCUCGAAGAAGCAAGGAAGACCUUGGAAGCUGCUGCAACCUCCGAGGAAAGUGGUGCGGGAGAUGGCUUGAUGAGUGAGAAAAAGGUUUCAGAUACACAGACCCACCAAAUUGCUGCUAGAAAGGAAAGGCAGAUGGAGACUCUUAGGGCUGCCCUUGGUAUAAAAAUGGGUGGUGACAGUUCUGAACUUCAAGAGCAAAAACUGAAAAAAGAACUUGGAUCGGAGACUGAAGGGAGUGAUGAUGAGAGCAAUGAGGAGACCCCUCCAAAAGAAAACCAAAAAACUGGUCCAAAGGAGGAUCACAAGGAACAAGAAGAAGGGGAAUAUGCAAUAAAUCAGCGGGAUAAAUACAGAAAUGGAAGGGAGAUGGCACUAGUAGAAGAUUCUAAAGCUGACAAUGAUGCCCCAAAGAAGGAUGAAAAACUGCAUGGAAAUAGAAAGCAUGAAAGAGGGGGAGAUCAAUUGGAUGAGUUGAUGACUAGAGAGAAACGUGACGGCAAAAGAAGAGUUUAUGACAGUGAUUCUUCUGCUUCAGAAAGCAGGGAAAAACAUGGGAAAGGGAUAGAACGCCAACAUCAGAAAGGUAGCAAGGGAGGUGAGCCUAAAAGUGAUUCUAAUACCAGUAGUGGGAAGAACAGGCAAAAGCAUUCAAUUGAACACAAGAAAAGCAGAAGGCAUGAUAGAGAGAGUGGUGCUGAAAGUGAUAUUGAUAUCAGUAGCAGGAAGAAUGAGAGAAAACAUUCAUCAAAGCAAAAGAAAAGCAGAAGGCAUGAUAGAGAGAGUGACACUGAAAGUGAUUCUGAUAGCAGGAGCAGGAAGAAUGACCAUAAACAUUUAAUUAAGCACAAGAAACACAGAAGACAUGACAGUGAUGAAUCUGAUCCGGACAGUGAUGAUGUUAGGGGAAGAAAUGCCAUAAAGGAGAAGCAAAAUAGAAGAACUCAAUGGAAGCAGGACUCAGAUGAUGAUUCUGGUUCUGAUGACUUCAGAAAUGAUAGAAAACAAAGGAGGAAGGAUCUCUCAAAAAUGAAUAGAAGACAUGAUUCUGAGGAUGAAACUGAUUCUGGUAGGGGAAGCAGAGAUGGGGAAAAAAAUGUUGAGAAAAAGAGGGAUCAUAGUGGCAGUAGAAAUCAUGAGGCCAGCAGAGAUGGCUCAGAAGAUAAACGGAAAGCUUUCAGAACUGGCCAAAAAAGGCAUGGUACCAGCAGCCAAAGGUACAGUGUGGAUGAUGAAUCUGAUGAUGAUGGGGAAAGGAAAAUAGAAAAAUAUAUCAGAAACAGAAGAAAUGAUAUUGAUGACAAUACUGGCAUGAAAAAUGCAACAAGGCCGGUGGGAAGACAAAGUGAUAGAAAAAGAAAGGAAAAAUCUCCAACUAAAGACAGUGAGGACAGUAGUAGUUGUAGCGACUCUUACAGCAGCAGUGGUGACAGUGAUUCAGACAGCAGCUGUAGUGAUUCCAGUCUUGAGAGAUGCAGGAAGAAGUCCAGUGAGGAGGUGGGCAGGAAAGGGUGUCAAGAUGAUAUGAUUAACCAAGGCAGAAGAGAUGUAGAAGUAUCUGCUGCAGAGGAGAAAAGAUUAAGAUCUGUAACAAUUGGAAGUGAUGAAAGGAGGAAAAGUAGAAUUCAUCCUUCCAGUGAUGGCAAUGACAAUCUCCAUUUGGAGAAUGAAACAUUGGACAGAUUGGGGAAACAGGAGAAAAUGAAAAACUAUGAUUCAAGGAGAGAUAAAGACACUGACGGUUAUGGGCAUCAAGAAAUGAGGAGCAAGAGGAAGCUGGAAGAUGAUUACCAUGAUGAUCAACCGGUAUUGAAAUCAAGAAAUCAGAGUUCAGGAGAAGUGAAUCAUACGGUGCAACUUAGGGAUGGACAAGCCAAAUAUGAAUCAGAUAGAACUUACAGGAACAAAGAUGACAGAAAGAGAGAGGAGUACUCCAGUUUCAAUAAAUCAGAAGAGAGACGAUUACAUCUCGAUCGUUAUAAUGAAGAAUGUGGAAACAGGAAUCAAGGAAAGGAAGAAGAAAAGGAGCGUGGAAACAAGUGGAAUGAAAGGGGGGAGGAGGAGGAAGAGCAUGGAAGUAGAAUACGCCGCAGGGAUGAAGAAAAGGAGCGUGGAGACAAGAGGAAUGAAAGGGAAGAGGAAGAGCGUGGAAGUAGAAUAUGUCGCAGAGAUGAAGAAAAGGAGCGAGGAAACAAGAGGAAUGAUAGGGAGGAGGAGGAAGAGCUUGGAAGUAGAAUACGUCGCAGGGAUGAAGAAAAGGAGCAUGGAAACAGAAAGCAUGAAAGAGAUAAAAAACAAGAGCAUGGAAGCUGGAGGAAUGGAAGAGAUGAGGAUGAGCAUGGAAGUAGGCGACAUCUCAGAGAUGAAAAUGAGCAUUGGAGCAAAAAACACAGAAGAGAUGAAGAAGAGAGAGAGCAUGGAAGGAGGAGGAAUGAUAGGGAUGAAGAAGAAGAGCAUAUGAAUAGAAGACAUUGUAGGGAUGAAGAAGAUGAUCAUGGAAGCAGAAAGCACAGAAGAAAUGAAGAAGAAGGUGGACUGAAAAGGUAUCGAAGAGAUGAAGAAGAGAUUGGAAACAGAAGAUAUGGAAGGGAUAGGCAGGAGGAUGCCAAGAGGGCAAGGUACGAUGAUGAUCCUCGAUCAAGGGACAGAAGUAGGUAUGAGAGCAAUGGCCAUAGUGAUGAUCUGCUGAAACGGCAAUGAAGAAAGAAGCUUGUUCAUCCUUGCAACAAUUGACAUGAUGAUGGGAUGGCAAAAGCUG